AUGCUCUUCAGUACAACUCUGUCUUUGACUUUGCAGCUUUGUUGAGGCUUUUCUUUCUCUCUUUAUUUACUUUCCACAUCUCAGCACAGACCAUCAUGGAAGCUGCCAUCUGCACCCUCGUCACCCAGUUCAAGAAUUAUGCUGGGAAAGAUGGGUCCUCCAGCACCCUCAGUAAGGAUGAAUUCCAUAACCUGGUGACCUCCCAGCUACCCAACUAUGUCAAGAACGCCAGUGAUCCCGGGGCGAUCGAGCAGCUCAUGGGCUCACUGGACGAAAACAACGACGGGGAGCUGACUUUCUCCGAGUUCUGGCAGCUGAUCGGAAAACUGGCGAGCAAACAGGGAGGCUUCAGUCAGUAGAGCUCGCCAUCCUCUGUCAGUUGUGGCUUUGAGCAGAUUGUUGCAACACCAAUCAACUCAAUUUAAGCUGUCCAAAUUCAAACUCAAAGGCAUUCACAUCCUUUUAUCACUCCACCAGUCCCACAUGUGUAACUCUUUAGUUAACCAUUUGUUGAAUGCAGGGAACUUUUGAAUUAAAGGCUUCAUUGUCUUCAGCCCUCAGCAACCAACACUC